UCACUGGGCUUGCAGGCCAGGCAGGGGCAGGAGUAUGGGAGAGAUGCUCCCAACUGCCGUUCUGCUGGUCUUGGCAGUAUCCGUGGUCGCCAAGGAUAACAGCACGUGUGAUGGUCCCUGUGGGUUACGCUUCAGGCAAAACUCACAAAAUGGUAUACGACUUGUUGGAGGGCAGGCUGCACAGCGUGGGGCCUGGCCCUGGAUGGUGAGCCUCCAGAUCGUCACGUACAAUAGCCGCAGGUACCACGCAUGUGGAGGCAGCUUGCUGAACGCACGCUGGGUGCUUACUGCUGCUCACUGCUUCGACAGCAAAAAUAAAGUGUAUGACUGGAGACUGGUUUUUGGAGCAAAGGAAAUUGCAUAUGGGACCGAUAAGCCAGUGAAGGCGCCUCUGCAGGAGAGAUAUGUUGAGAAAAUCAUCAUUCAUGAAAAGUACAACCCUCUGACAGAGGGAAACGACAUUGCUCUCUUGAAGAUCACCCCUCCUGUUUCAUGUGGGCACUACAUUGGGCCGGGCUGCCUGCCCCAGUUUAAAGCAGGCCUGCCCAGAGGCCCCCAGAUCUGCUGGGUGGCUGGCUGGGGAUACAUAAAAGAAAACGCCCCUAGGCCAUCACCUAUACUGAUGGAAGCACGUGUGGAUCUCAUCGACCUCGACUUGUGCAACUCGACCCAGUGGUACAAUGGGCGCGUUCAGUCAACCAAUGUAUGCGCAGGGUAUCCCGAAGGCAAGAUUGACACCUGCCAGGGGGACAGCGGUGGGCCUCUCAUGUGCAAAGACAGCGAGGAAAGUGCCUACGUGGUCGUGGGAAUCACAAGCUGGGGAGUAGGCUGUGCCCGCGCUAAGCGCCCUGGAAUCUACACGGCUACCUGGUCCUACUUGAACUGGAUCGCUUCCAAGAUUGGUUCUAACGCCUUGCAUAUGAUUCAGCCAGCUACUCCUCCCCCUGCCACAAGCCACCCAUUCCCAGUGCGACCCCCCUCCCUCCGACCUGCUUCUGCUCACCCUCCUUGGUAUUUCCAGCGCCCGCCUCAGCCACCUCCACCCCGACAAUCUGCACCCCCACCCCCCCCCACAUCUCACACCAAACCUCCUCAAGCACUUUCUUUUGCCAAGCGCCUACAGCAGCUAAUAGAGGCCUUGAAGAGGAAGAGCUAUUCUGACUCAAAGACGUAUUAUGAGACCACAGAAAUCCCAGAACUGACCUCACCCUCCUGA